CGAAAAGCUCCGGCCCGACCAUGUGCUGCUGGUGGACCAGCAAGAUGAUGGUAAUGAGGCUAAGAAUAUUGAUAUCACGAAUGUCGGUCGUUCGCCGUCUUUUGCUGUGCCAACAGCUGCCGGCGGUGGCGGUGGAGUUGUCGCGUCUCCGUCCUCUCUUGGCGUGCUCGAUGGACUUGCGGACCUGCUACAGUGUAAACCACGACCACCGAAGUCGAAGAUGGGCAGGAGUGCAUCUUCGCCGUCUGCUUCGAGUGAAAACGGUGGAGAAAAUGACAGUACAGCUUCAACAGGUCCAGCAGGCGGACGAGGACCAGUACAGUCUCAGUCGGAUUUCCGUCUCACCGAUGAGACGGGGCGGUCGUUUGGAAAGGACCUUAAAAUUUUGGUAUCGCACCGCUCCGAGUUCCAAGAAAUACGGAUUGUCGAGACCAGGGUCCUGCUCCAGGCGGCAGAGGACGAUGUUUCGGGUGAAGAUGAUCGGGAGCGCCAAGUAUUGCAUCAAAGAAGGCAGCACCUCUAUGUCGUCGACAAAAAUGUGCUGAAGCAACUGACUUUUUUAUCACUGCAUGACUUUGGUAUCACAGAGGAGCGUGUGAAUAGAGGCUAAAAAAUAGUAUUUUUUCCGCUUCUGAUGGAUUUUCUGCAGGAGCAUAGGACGCUGAAACUCCUGUCCGUCAUGAUUUCAAUUGGGAACGAUGACGAGGAGCUGCGCGUUUGCACUGCAUACGAAUAUUUUUAUCCUGCAGCUUCAGCAGCUCCAUCCUCGUCUGCGAACACUCUUUCCCUACAAACCGAGCGUCGGCUCUACCUGGACCGGUUCCUGCAAUCGAGCACUCGCUGGGAACACUUGUACCACGAGGCUCUGGUCCAGCCCGCGAUGCUGACGUUUUAUCUGCGGGAGAAGCGGCCCCCAAGGACGGUCCUGAUCUACGGUGGGGGCGAGGGUGCGACCCUGCGGGAAGUGUUGAAGUGGCGAGAAGUGGAGCGAGUGGUCAUGAUUGACUUGGACCGCGAUGUGGUGGAAAUGAGUAAGAAAUACCUACCGAGCAUGCACCGCAACGCGUUUGAAGACAGUCGCGCGGAAGUCGUGUUCGCAGACGUUUUUGAGUGGUUGAGGCGGGAAAAGGUAAAUAGUAGCGAUUUUCCUCCUACUCAGGACGACAGACGGGGAGGAGCACAAGCACGAGACGGAAACGCGACAGCAGCUGCUGCCGAGCAACAUCAAUCAUCAUCUGACUCAACAUUCGAACUCGUGGUUUAUGAUCUGGUGGAUCCGGACGCCGGUCUUUUCUCCGAACAGAUGCUAGCCGAGCUGGUCGACCUGACAUUCACCAAACACCUGGACCCUGAGCGGGGCAUGUUUGCAUCGCAAAUGGGCGACGCGCCCUCCUGGGAGCAGGUGUUGCGGACCAUGGAACGCGACGAAGAAGGUCGAGGACGCGAAGAGAAGGCUCCACUUCUUCAGG